GAUGGGGAUAGGAUAGGGAUCGAGAUGGGACCGCAUCUGGUCCCGCGAGUCGCGGUCCCGUGUGGUCCGCAUGGGUCCCGACCCGCCCCAGCCCUAUUCCUAUCAAGUUAGAGAUAUACAAUAUAUACAAUUUCCAUAUUGAAUGUAUACAGAUUUUCAAAGGGAAUUUUGAGUGGUAAUGGCUAAUCUAUCUGUUUUUUAAAGACUGGGGGCUGAAUGCUCUGGUAUCAGAGUCAAACUGUAGUCAUCCUGUUUUUUCAUCGGCAAGGAAAUGCCAGUGUUUUGCCACUGGAGAAUGGCUUUAAUGAUUCACUCUCUAUGUUGAAUUCUGAGAAGGCUGUAGAAGAACUUAUUCAACAGCCUCUUCUUCACGGGAUUGAUGAUCAUCUUAUUGAGUUUGCCGAGGCUUUGAGAACUGUCGCAAAGGCACUAAGACAAGCUGCUGAAGGGAAGGCUUCUGCACAAGCUGAGGCUUCUGAAUGGAAACGGAAAUAUGAGUUGGAGAAGUCACGUAAUUUGCAGUUAGAGAAAAGAGCAAUUCCAUCAGAGAAGCAUUUGGAUGAGAAUGGGCGAGUAGUACACUUGACAAACAAACCUGUAUUAUCAGAUGGUGCUGCAGAGAAAUCCGACAGGUGUUGUGGGGAGCAUGGAAUUUGCUCUCAUCAGGUUCUUCGUGAUGGAGAGCAUGAUCAUGAUGCCAGUGUUGUUCCAAACAAGAUGAUCAGAAAGAAUGAACUUCGGCAUGUUAUCAUAUACUGGUUCGGAGACAAGAUCUUUCCUUCCUGUGCAUCAUUCAAGUUGUCAUGGUGUUGCAAAGGUGAGAAAAGUGAUCAGAAAAAACACGAUAUUGUCUCUUUUGAAAAGGGAAACAUAACAACUGCAGAACGCAGCAGUAAACAGAUUUCUUUGAAGUGGGAAUCUCCCCCACAAACAGUGCUUAUAUUGACAAAGCCAAAUUCAACUGCUGUUAGAAUGCUUUGUUCAGAAUUGGUCAGAUGGCUAAAAGAGCAGAAAAGCUUAAACAUUUUUGUUGAACCACGGGUGCACACUGAACUUCUAACAGAGUCGUCAUAUUACCAGUUUGUACAAACUUGGGAAAAUGACAAGGAAAUUCUGUUUCUCCACACAAAGGUUGAUCUUGUUGUAACUCUCGGUGGGGAUGGAACCGUCCUUUGGGCAGCGUCGAUGUUCAAAGGUCCAGUUCCUCCGGUUGUCCCAUUUUCUUUAGGUUCUCUUGGCUUCAUGACCCCAUUUUAUAGUGAGCAUUACAAGGAAUGUCUUGAUUCAGUUCUUCGUGGUCCCAUAAGCAUCACACUGAGGCAUCGUCUCCAGUGUCACGUGAUUAGAGCUUCAGCUAAAAGUGAUCUGGAUAGUGAAGAGCCCAUACUUGUUCUCAACGAAGUCACAAUUGACCGUGGGAUUUCAUCAUUUCUAACAAAUCUAGAAUGCUAUUGCGAUAAUUCUUUUGUUACAUGCGUACAAGGAGAUGGUUUAAUUUUAUCGACAACAUCUGGAAGCACUGCAUAUUCUCUUGCAGCUGGAGGGUCAAUGGUCCAUCCUCAGGUUCCCGCCAUCCUCUUUACACCUAUCUGCCCACAUUCUUUAUCCUUUCGUCCGCUCAUUUUGCCUGAGCAUGUGACAGUCCGAGUACAAGUACCAUUCAACAGUAGAGGUCAUGCAUGGGCAUCAUUUGAUGGGAAGGACCGGAAAAAGUUAGCACCAGGGGAUGCCCUUGUUUGUAGCAUGGCCACUUGGCCGGUGCCAACUGCAUGUCAAGCUGAUUCUACCGGUGACUUUUUACGUAGCAUACAUGAAGGUCUUCACUGGAAUUUGAGGAAGACGCAGCAGGCUUUUGAUAGUCCCCGAGAGACAUGAUCUUUUACUAACCUUUUUAUCUGGUAAGGAAAUGAGAGGUUUUCAGAAUCCGUCUCAUUUUGAAGUGGGCAUCAAGACUUCAUUCUCAAUUAAUGCAGAGGGAUCCUGAUGCACAUACGCAUAUACGUUCAAAUGUAGAAUUGAUAACUUUGAGAAUCAUGAGUUUCAACCUUAGGUGGUUUAUUGUUGUUUGUAACUUAGACAUAAUAUAAUAAUAAUAAUAAGAAGAAUGUAGAAGGAAAUUUAUACCAUUUUGUACAGUUCUUUUUACGUGAAAUUCCUGUACCUCUUAUCCUGGUUUAUGAGGGAAGGCAAGCUUCGGGUUCUUGACGAGUAAGAGUGGAAAAAUGUGUGUUUGCGCUUUUGGUUCAUGUAAUAAUGUAAUUUUUUGGUUGUUA